AAGGAUGUAGUAAUCCAGUAUUUAGUGGGAAAUUUUAACCCAGAAGGCAGAAAUGUACUACUUUUCGGCUUGAAGCAUUCUUCCUCAUUCAGUCAUUUGUCAGUAAUCUCUAACUUAAUUUAAGGAAUGCAUACAUUUUACCAUGGUUUUACAGAGAGAUGUGCCCAUUAGAGAAAAGAGGCAACAUCUACGUUUUGACUAUAACAGGAGAAGAUGAGCGUCGGCCCAACCUGACCCUGAUUGGAGCAAUUAGGGUGGCUCUGGGCAGAAUCCGAUCAGACCAAUUUCUCAUUCCUCAUCUGCUCUGCCCCACCACCACUUCCCAAAUCCAAAGGAAGUUAUUUUCCAAUGAUCUCUCUUGGGCCCGCUCAUCCCUGCCCGUAUUCGAUAGAUAUCCUCAGAGCUCGCGCCUCGUCGCCUACCUCAUGUCUCUCCCCCAUGCUCACCAUUGCCGCCGGACUCAUCCUCGCCCAUACCCAUGACUACGUUCUCAUGCGCAAAUAUAGAGGGUUCCUCUACAUAAGCGAGAUGGACAUCGUGCUCGAGAUCCCGCUUCUUUCAUGGCUCUGAUAAGGUGCACUAUAGGAGAUCCAAGGGCUUGACGGAAGCUGUUGCUCAAAGCCGCCAAGAUCACAGCCAAAGGAGGAGUCGAGAUCGUGAAGCAGGUGGCGAACUUGGCGAAGGCGGUAGCCGGAAAUGUAGGGAACGAAAGAGUCCACAGCGAAAACAGAUUAGGGCUUUUCGUAGGAGGUUUUAGAUAAAUCUUGGAUCCGACGAGUCGACUAUGAGACCACAGAUGAUGUUUAAGUCGUUAACGGCGUUUUAUCUAAACCCUGAAUUUUCGUUGUAUUAAUUAUUUUAAUGAAUAGUAGGACUAGAA